AUGGGCACGCGUCAAGAUACUCAUCGCUUCGAACUUCAAAAUGUGACAAUCCGUCCAUCAACAGCUGGUCCGCUCGAGGAGGAAAUAAAUCGUGUAAUAGGGGCUGGAUCACGCGAACACCCUUUACAUCUGCUCGAUCUGGACGAUCUAAUAAGAAAGCAUCUGAUCUGGCUAAGGUCUAUGCCACGGGUGACGCCGUUCUACGCUGUCAAGUGCAAUGACGAUCCAGCAAUUCUCGCAACUCUUGCGGCAUUAGGAACUGGGUUCGAUUGUGCCUCGGAAGCGGAAAUACGCACUAUUCUUGGGCUGGGCGUUACACCCGAUCGUAUCAUCUUCGCUCAUCCGAUUAAAUCUGUGCAAGCACUCGCGUUUGCCAAAGCCCGCGGCAUCCGCCGUAUGACGUUCGAUAAUGAGUGUGAGCUGGAGAAGGUAGCCCGCGAAUAUCCAGAAGCUGAGCUUGUGCUACGCAUCCGACACGACUCUGGCCGUGUGCUGAUUGCAUUGGGCAAAAAGUUUGGUUGCGAUGCACGUGGCGAUGGACGUCGAUUGCUGGCACGUGCGAAGGAACUCGGUGUUUCGGUAGUUGGUGUAAGCUUCCACGUUGGUUGUGGAAGUUUAGAUGCAGACUGUUUCUAUCAUGCGGUAGCGUCUGCACGAUCAGUGUUUGAUUAUGCACGGGAUGAGCUUGACAUGCGGCUGUGGUUGCUAGAUGUUGGAGGAGGAUUCCCCGGGGACAACGAUAAACCGAUCGAUGAGUACGCACAGGCAGUGUGCCGAGGAUUGAAGGAGUUCUUCCCGGACGAUAAGGAUGAAGUGUUUGUUAUCGGAGAACCAGGCCGAUUUUAUGUUGGAUCUGCAGUAACACUGCUCUCCACUGUGCAGGGUAAAAAGGUUGUACGUGAUGAAGCAGAUAAUGUGCAACAGAUGAUGUACUACAUAAAUGAUGGAGUGUUUGGAACCCUGUUCGAUUGGCUCAGCUUGAGGGAGAUAAAGGACCUUAAGCGGGCGGUUCCAUUGGUACGAAAGGAGCGAGAACACGAGCGUACCUUUCCGACGACAAUUUGGGGUCCUACCUGUGACUCGACGGAUAUCGUGUGCGAAGAUGUGGAGUAUCCGGAGCAUCACAUAGGAGACUACAUCGUUUUUGAAAAUCUCGGUGCAUACGGAAUGACAUUUGCGACCAAUUUCAACGGAUUUCCAAAGCCAACGGUGCAGGUUUACAUUAAAGCCGACAUGUGGAACAUGCUUCUCUCGAUCGCCAGCAAGGACUGGAAGCAGAAAACACUCACCUUCUUCGAGGGCAUCCUAGAAAAAGCUCACUAACAAACAACACGGCUAACGCGGACAGCUUUAAAUUGUAUUGCUUUGUG